AUGAGCGACUGGAUAUCGUAUUUACCUGACCUCGAGUGGUCCCUGAUCGAGGGCAAGUGGCGCCCAUCGCUCGAUUCGGUUGAUCACACUUCUGCGCCCGUUCUCGGUCUCGUUCGAAAUGUCAUCGACGGUAAUCUCAAGGCCGCACUCGAGUCCGACUUGUCCAAAGAACUAUUGACGCUUAAUCAUACUGGCUCGCUUUUUACUUUGGAAGGAUCGUUCAACGGCCGACUAGAUUCGUACUUUCCCCUCAAACUCGACGUCGACAACGACACAGCGGCUGAACUUGUGCGAUUAACUGUCGCUGUUGCUUGUCUGCACGCAUUCCUGCAGAUAAACUGGACCGGGCCCGAUUUAAAUCUUAAUAUUCUUGAAAUUUUGACGAUCCCCUCUCCCCCCUCGACUCCGCUCACGAACGAAAUACUCUCUGCACAGGCCAUCUCUGAACUCGCAACGGGUGGGGAACCUGCUUAUCACCUAGCAAAACUCCCCGAACUGGUUAGAAUCGCGCAAAUCAUAUUGUCAAGAGGCUUUGAAACGUUACAGACCGGUCCAUGGUGGAACCUCCGAGCUCAUUUGAUCCACCAACAGCUCCUCGAUGACCCCGUUGCCGUUCCAGAGCAUUUUUGGCUCUCGCUCUCCCCGCUGGAAAAACUAGACAACCAAGACCUUGUCGGAAGACUGAAGCUCGAACAGGGCUUGUUGCGACAUUUGUUCUCGCAAGACCGGCAGGCGGCUGAUUUAUUCGUCCAGGCGGCCAAGGCGACGGGUCUACAGUAUCAACUUACAGGCGCGCUUGGGAAGCGGACAAAGUUCCAAACCAAGGACCUCACCCAGCUGGUCCUGCUCGCCAAGAGUCGCGAUGACGGGCGUGAAGACAAAGAUAACGCAGACAUCAAUGUGCCCGACACCAUGCAACUUAAUGACGACACCUUGCUCGAGCAAACCGAGUAUACUUCCUCAUCUGCAGACACAAAUACUUUUGCUGGGAUCGACCCAUCUAAUCAGCCCGCCCUCCGUCCACUCGACCAAUGCAUUUUCCUUGGCAUGUGCCUUAAUGUCCGCAAUACCUCGCCUUCACAUGGACUCACGGCCGAACAAAUGAUGCCAUAUAUUUCGCGGGUCAUAUCUCACCCUCGAAAUUGGUCUGUGCAUACAAUGGCUCUCUUGCUCCGCGCUCGCCUCGAAUCGACCCGCACACGUACUGUCGAAAGAUCUACUCUCCAGCUUCAAGCCCUUAUUGACCAAAUGCCUACGGCCGAUAGCACACUAGCCGAACGCCUUUUAUUCGUACACUCGAUCCCUCUCCCAAGCAAAUGGGCUAUGGAAAAGGAGCUCGCGGACCGCUUCCUGAGUAUCGGCGUUGUUAAAUCUGCUCUGGAAAUAUACGAACGACUAGAGAUGUGGGAGGAAGUAGUCAAGUGUUAUCAGUCAAUCGAACAGCGCGACCGGGCACUCGAGAUUGUCCGAGACUUGUUAGCGGGCCGAAAAGCCGAGGCCGACGUUGUUCUCGCUCGGGGCAGGACCACCGAGGCAUCGCCUGGCCGAGUACGUAUGGACGCCGCACGAGAAGCAAAGUUAUGGUGCUUGCUCGGAGAUAUCGAUUCUUCGUCGUCCCUCGAGCACUACAACCGUGCGUGGGAAGUGUCCGGCUCGACAUCUGCUCGCGCUGCACGAGCUCUUGGGGGAUACUAUUUCGCCCGGGGGGAGUAUUCCCAAGCCAUCCCAUUUCUGAAGCGUGCGACGGCUUUGCAACCAUUGCUCUCUCGACCCUGGUUCUUGAUGGGGUGUGCGUACGUGCGCGAGGAGGCUUGGGUCGAGGCCCGAGAUGCGUUUGCUAGGUGCGUAGGAAUUGACCAAGAGGAUGGCGAGAGUUGGAACAAUAUUGCGAGCGUGUACUUGAGGAUGGACGAAAAGGGACUUGCGGGUGGAGAUGAUCUUACUUUGUUGGAGGGUGACCUCACACCCAAAUCGAGGACCGACAACAAAUUCACCAACAAAUUGCUUGCAUUCAGAGCUCUCAAACAAGGGUUGCGAUAUUCCUAUGAGAACUGGCGAAUGUGGCAAAACUACAUUAUCGUUUCCGUUGACGUAGGUGAACUUUCCGAAGCCUGUCGAGCGUUGGGUCGUCUCGUCGAACUUCGGGUUGAAAAGGACGGGUUGGCCAGCGUCGACAUCGAGGUUCUUGAGCGCCUCGUUGAUGCAGUGACACGGGCCCCGCCAGAUGAGGAGCCCAUAGACGCUCAGAGCGAACGCGUUCGUAACCCGGAUGAAGGACAUGGACUGUUUCCCCGGGUUUAUGACCUGUUCACCCGUGUGGUUCUAUCUCGCAUCUCUAAUUCGGCGCGUAUAUACCGUGCUUGGGCCCGAUUACUCACGUGGCGUGCGCGUUCUCGCAAUGCAGUUCACCUCAAAUCCACCUGGUCUGAAGCAUUAACAGCGCAUAUGGACGCUUAUCGCGCCGGGGUUGGAUCUGAUUCUCGGAUUGAGAACGAUGUUGAGAGAUUCAAAGAGGGCGUUGUCGAAGUCACGGAACUAGUAGACGUGCUGAGGAACCUUGGGCCAAGAGCGCGCGAUGGGGAAAUUGAGGAGGGCAAAAACAGGGAAUCGUGGAAGUUCCAGGCAAAAAGUCUAGUCAGGACGUUCAUGGGGCGAACCAAGGCCAGCUUCGAGGAUGAGCCGGAGUGGGCGAAGUUGAAAGAGUUACUAGACGAAUUGAAGAACGAAUAG